AUGUUGUACAUUGAUGAUUUGCGCAUAUCAGAUUCCGGUGAUUAUGAAUGCAUCCUGACAAAUAAAGAUGAUGCACGAGAUAUUCGGCAUAGCGUGUAUCACUUACAAGUUUCGCCGACGAAAGGGCAGCUAAAAUUUGUGGAUGCAUCGAAUGAUAUCGAAUUGGAAGAAGGUGGAACAAUUCGCUUAUACCACAUUGCGAGAUCAUUUCCAGACGAUGAAUAUGAUUCCGAAUGGCGAAAGAUGGACGAAGUCGAUAUCCACAUCUCGGAAGUGCAAAACAUCAAUGCGACAUACAACACUAUUAAGCCAGACCCGUCUCUGACUGAGAACAGUGAUAUUUACGAGAAGGAUCGUCUUGAGCUUAUCUGCAUCCUACCGCUAAACGACGAGUUGUAA